AUGGCUCCCCUCGGUACCAUCAAAUCUUAUCCCCAAAACCCUCGUGUUGCUAAGGCCCAAAUCGCUGCUGAGCUCAGUGGUGUUGAAUUCAACGUUGAGGCUUUCGACCUUGCCAAGGAUGUCACUCCUGAAUUCUUGGCCAAGUUCCCCUUGGGUAAGAUUCCCGCUUUCGAGUCUUCUGAGGUCAACCUUUUCGAGUCUUCUUCCAUUGCCUACUAUGCUGCUGCUCAAAAGGAAAACAACCCUCUUCUCGGUGCCACUGCUGCUGAGAAGGCCGAGAUCUUCCAAUGGACUCUCUUCAGCGAGAACGAGAUCAACGCCAACCUCGGUGGUUGGGUUUACCCUCUCUUGGGUUACGGUCCCUACAUGAAGCCUAACGUUGAUGCCGCUACUGAAAGAGUCAAGCGCGCUUUGGCUGCUCUCAACAAGAUCCUCGAGUCCAAGACUUACCUCGUUGGCCACCAAAUCACUUUUGCUGAUAUCUCUGUUGCCUGCUCUCUUGUCUUGGGUUUCACUACCGUCUUUGACAAGGCUUUCCGUUCUCAAUACAAGAACGUUACCCGUUAUUUCACCACCAUUGUUAACAAGGCCGUUUUCAAGAAGUACCUCGGUGAUGUUCAACUCUGUGAAACUCCUCUCAAGUAUACUCCUCCCAAGAAGGAGAAGAAGGCUGCUGCUCCCAAGGAAGCUGCUCCCAAGAAGAAGGAAGCUGCUCCCAAGGCUGCUGAAGCCGAUGCUGAAGAGCCCGCUAAGCCUGCUCCUAAGCCCAAGUCCAAGUUGGAUUUGUUGCCUCCUUCCAAGUUCAUCAUGGAUGCCUGGAAGCGUGAGUACUCCAACAACGAUACCAAGGAUGCUAUCAAGUGGUUCUGGGAUAACUUUGACUCUGAGGGUUACUCUAUCUGGAAGGUUGACUACAAGUACAACGAUGAGUUGACCUUGACCUUCAUGUCCAACAACUUGAUUGGUGGUUUCUACGCUCGUCUUGAACGUGCCCACAAGUACGCUUUCGGCUCCAUGAUUGUCCGUGGUGAGAACAACAACAACACCAUCUCUGGUUACUUUGUCAUCCGUGGUCAAGAAGUUCCCUUCGAGAUCUACGAUGCUGCUGAUUAUGGAUCUUAUGACUUCCAAAAGAUUGAGCCUGCUCAAUACGAGGAGAAGAAGGAAGAGUUCUACAAGUACCUCGCUUGGGAAUUCGAUGACUGUGUUGAUGGUAAGGUUUUCAAAUAA